AUGGUUUUCAAUUCGUUGACUGAGGCUCCUCACAACCUCAAGGAGGCUAUUGACUGGUUGAUAGCCCUGAGGGGGACUGAUGCUGAAGCCAACCUGACUGCCAUGGGUACCGCACUUCACGAGUUGCUCGCAAACACUCCUGUUGGCUUCACGGAGGUGCCAGCUCUCGAGGCAGCCAAAGUUAUUACUAAGGAGUUCCUGGAGCGGGAGCAGCUUAAAGACCAGUCGUUCGUGAAGAAGCUGCUGAAGAAGUUCAAUGAGCCCGAGAAAAAAAGUUGCAACAUGUGGUGGAAGCGCUUCUGGCCUAACUACAUAAGCGACUACGAGAACAUCGUACAAAAAAACCAAUAUGAUCCCGAAGCCAUGGGAUUGUACUUAGGUCGCGUUGUGUAUGGUUGUGACAAGUUCCUGAAGCAUAUGAAAAUCCCCGAUCAAUACGAGUCUGCCUACAGUUCAGAGGCUACGUGGGCCGAAUCAUGCUCUAAAAAGCCGGAAGAUUGCGCAGCAGUCUUCGUGGGAAUUGCGCCCAUGUUAUACGCGGGCCUACGUUCUUUGAAGUACGCGACAAGAAUCGCACGUAAGAACGAGUCUAAUGAUAAGGUGAGGCAGCGUUUGGCAGAUUUAUUGAGAGCCGUUGGUUAUGACGAGUCGCAAAGGCGUCCCCGGAUGGGAAUUCCGUACGUAGUCGAGGCGUUGAGCGAUGUGGACAAAGAUGUAUUUGACAUCCUCUACGACUUCUCUGGAUUCUGGGGUUUCUAUGGAUUGAGUAAUGCAGCAGCUGGAGAGCUUGGAGGUGUCGAGGAUGUGGAAUGUGUGCAAUCCGUGGAGCCCGUGGAGCCAUUGGACUCUGUGGAACCUGUAGAGCCUACUCAAGAUGAACUCGUGGAGUUUGUGGACCCAGUAGAGCCUACUCAAGAUGAAGAACUCGUAGAAUCUGUUGAACCCGUUCAAGAGGAACAAUUUGCGGGAGUUGAAGAACCUAUUCAAGCGGAACAAGCCGUGGAACCUGUAGAAGCUGCGAGGCCCACAGAAGGUGAACCUGCGAAAGCCGCAAAACCUAAAAAAGGCAAGAAGGGCAAAAAGGGUAAGAAGGGUAAGAAAGGCAAGAAAGGCAAAAAGGGUAAAAGGACUGCAAAAGCUGUAGAAGCAGGUCAGCAAUAA